AUGGGACCAUUGGAAAGACCACCCAUUGGCUGGACACACAAGGAAGCAGAGAUGCACACUGGUCCCCAGCCUGAUGAGAGGAGCAGGGGAUGGGGGCCCAGAGACAAGACCACUGCCCCUUCUCCUCUCCCCCCAGCCCUGUCCUUCCUCCUCCUGUUACCACUGGCUGGUGCCCUACAGCCCACCUCACUGCCCUUUCCAGAACUCAGGCUGGUGGGGGGCCCGAGCCGCUGCCGGGGCCGCCUGGAGGUCCUACACGGGGGCUCCUGGGGCAGCGUCUGUGAUGACGACUGGGACGUGGUGGACGCCAAUGUGGUGUGUCGUCAGCUGGGCUGUGGCCUGGCGCUGCCCGUGCCCCGGCCCCUCGCCUUUGGCCAGGGCCGAGGCCCCAUCCUGCUGGACAACGUGGAAUGCCGCGGGCAGGAAGCCGCCCUGAGCGAGUGCAGCAGCCGAGGCUGGGGCGUGCACAACUGCUUCCACUACGAGGACGUGGCGGUCCUGUGUGACGAAUUCUUGCCCACGCAGCCCCCAACAAGGAGAGUGUUAACCAGCAGGGCACCCCCUACAACGCCCCAGAAUGGAAAAGGUGAGGGCAGCGUGCGCCUGGUCGGGGGCGCAGGCCCGUGCCAGGGCCGAGUGGAGAUCCUGCACGGUGGCCUGUGGGGCACCGUGUGUGACGACGACUGGGGGCUGCCGGACGCCGCCGUGGUGUGCCGCCAGCUGGGCUGCGGAGCGGCCCUGGCGGCCACUACCAACGCCUUCUUCGGCUACGGCACGGGGCACAUCCUGCUGGACAACGUGCACUGUGAGGGCGGCGAGCCCAGUCUAGCAGUCUGCCUGAGUCUGGGCUGGGGCGUGCACAACUGUGGCCACCACGAGGACGCCGGCGCGCUCUGCGCAGUCCUGGGCCACCCGACUCUCACAGCACCGCCACUGUUGGCCACAAGAGCGGACUGGGCCUGGCACACAGAGCCAGAGGCUACAGGAGUUGGUGCCCUGCCUUCCAGGGAGCCCACACGGCUCACCACUGCCGCCUGGGCGGCAAGGAAGAAAAGCGGGCGGCUGCGGCUGGUGGGUGGCCCUGGCCCGUGCCGCGGUCGCGUGGAGGUGCUGUACGCCGGGGGCUGGGGCACCGUGUGCGACGAUGACUGGGACUUCGCGGACGCGCGCGUGGCCUGCCGCGAGGCGGGCUGCGGGCCGGCGCUGGGCGCCACGGGCCUCGGCCACUUCGGCUACGGCCGCGGCCCCGUGCUGCUGGACAACGUGGGUUGCGCCGGCACGGAAGCCCGCCUCAGCGACUGCUUCCACCUGGGCUGGGGCCAGCACAACUGCGGCCACCAUGAGGAUGCGGGCGCGCUCUGCUCAGGUCCAGAGGAGCUAGUUCAGCAGGAGGGUGCUGAGACCACCCGGGUGCCCACUCCUCGGCCCAGGGAUGGGCACCUCCGUCUGGUCAACGGAGCCCACCGAUGUGAGGGGCGUGUGGAGCUCUUCCUAGGGCAGCGGUGGGGCACCAUCUGUGAUGAUGCUUGGGACCUGCGGGCAGCCGGCGUCUUGUGUCGCCAGCUGGGCUGUGGCCAGGCCCUGGCAGCCCCUGGUGAGGCUCACUUUGGCCCAGGCCGAGGCCCUAUUCUCCUGGACAACGUCAAGUGCCGGGGGGAUGAGGGUGCCCUGCUUCUGUGCUCUCACAUCCGCUGGGAUGCCCACAACUGUGACCACAGCGAGGAUGCCAGUGUCCUGUGCCAGCCGGCGUGACCCAGCUCACUCUGCAGACCACCUCUUCUGGGAGCCUACUGCGGCCUGCCCCUCUUCCUCCAGGAAGUC